UUAAAACCCCCCUGUUUUUCAUAUAAAGUUGCAGCUACUACACCACCGUCACCAUGUGCUCUGUUCACUAAGCAUAUAUAAAUAAGUUGGCACAUGAAGUUUCAACCUUCAUCGCAGAGGAAAUGACCAAGUGCGAGCUCUGCAACUCCUCUGCUAAGAUGUAUUGUGAAUCAGAUCAAGCAAGGCUUUGUUGGGACUGUGAUGCUAAGGUUCAUGGUGCAAACUUUCUUGUGGCCAAGCAUUCAAGGACUCUGCUCUGCCACCUCUGUCACUCUUACACGCCCUGGGCUGGUUCCGGUCCGAAGCUGACUCCUACAGUUUCAGUAUGCAGCAGCUGUAUCAAUAGCUGUAAUGGCACACAAGAAAUUGUGGAUGUUGAGGAAAGACAAACUGAUGGAGAUACAGAUAUAGAAGGUGAUGAUGAGGAGGAGGACGAAGACAGCGUUAUUAGUGCCGACGAAGAAGAAGAUGAUGAAGAGGAGGACAAUCAGGUGGUUCCGGGGUCGUCAAUGCCGGUUCCUGUGGAUUCGGAUUUCUCUAGUAGUGGAGAUUGUCCUGACAGUGAUGAAGGAGCUUCUUAACCAAGAAUUGCAUUUCCAUUGCAAAGUCCAGAUCCUCUUUUAUAAGUACAUAUGUCUAAACACUCCUCCUCUGUUUCUGUCUCAAAUAAUCUGCUUAAUCUUUGAAUAAGCAUAAACUCAAACCAAUUCCUGUUACCAGCUUCAUUAAUUUGUUGAAGUUCAUUUUGUCCUGGAACAGGGUGAUGUGUUAACAUUCAUUGUUUCUAAAUCCCUAUAAAAUGAAGCUAACCUUGUGAUUUGUAUCACUAAUCCCCUUUUCAUCCUUUUUAUUUA